AUGUCAAACGAUCCCACAGUGCGCCGCCUGCUUCCCCAGAACUCUCAAAUGGGAGCCUUUUCGUUUGCACCGCAAUCCUCUUACCAGCAGCCACGCGAAACCCAAAAGAAUUAUGUCUUUGUAGACGAGCAUAACCGCCACAAGCGCUUGAAGGUGAUGAGAGCAUGUGAGGGUUGCCGGAGAAGAAAGAUCAAAUGUGAUGCCGCCACGACAAACACCUGGCCCUGUACCGCGUGCAUUCGUCUGAAGCUUCACUGUGUUCGUCCCAACGGGUACGAUGGUUCGGCCGAGCCCCAAGUCUACGAGCCACCGCGGCCACAGUUCGAAGCCUCACAUGUACAGGAUGACUUUCGAGAACAGCUACCCAUUGCGGAUCAGCAGCUUCUUGGCCAUGCGCCAAAGCCCGCGCCCAUCUACACCACGCAGCCCUCCUACCAAAACCCGGCCCUCUACCACGACGUGCAACAGUACGCAGAGUCCCAGGGGGUGCAGCAUAACCUGCAAUACGCCAACGCCCAUACUCCAGUCGACAUUGUUGAUCAACAGUAUACAUCACAGAACUCAUUCCCGACACCACCGCUGCAGCAUUCGUCCCAGCCCGAAUCUCCAGAGGCGUACCAGUCCGAAUACGCACAGCAAGACCUGGCUGAUCUCUUGGGGUCUCUAAAGGUGAACGAGGCGGGAAUAGCCCCUUACCUGAACAGCAAAUUACGAUCGAAGAGGGCGGAAGAGCCCGCUGUUGAGGAUGCAGAUGACUACAAGAGCCCCUUGCCGCCUCUCACAUCAGGCCCUGGCCUCAAAAUCCGCAUACCCCCCGAAUUGAUGCCAGAUGACGAAACAGUCCUCCAUUUUUUCGAUUUAUACUUCAGCAAUGCUCACCCUUAUGUUCCCGUUUUGGACAAAACAUCGUUUUAUCAGCAAUGGCACGAGAAUAGAGAGGCUGUCUCUCCGCUGCUUCUCGAGUCGAUUUUUGCAAUAGCUGGUCGCUUGGCCGACGAGCCCGCACAGGGCCAGCAAUGGCUCGCACUCGUAACGCGGCACGCGGAUUCCUUUAUGGACGAGCCGAGAUUGAGCACGCUCCAGGCGCUGCUGAUCAUAUUGAAAGCGAGGGAGCAGGCGCCGAAAAGGGGCUACUACUAUCGUUCAUGGAUGAGCAUUGUCCAGUGUGUUCAGAUGGCCAAGGACCUGGGCUUGGACGAGCAUCUCGCAGACCACCAGGCCGGGAGGCCGUGCGACUCUGACCCGUCUGAAUGUCUGCUAAAGAAUAGGAUCUGGCAGACUAUCUUUGUCUGUGAAGUCAUGAUUGGCUCUCCUCAAGGCCGAACCGAUCUGCAGGUUGACGAGGACACUGUCGACUUCAACGUCCCACGGACAACACCGAACAGCGAUGGGUCAGAGUACCACGUGUCUCGGAAUUUUUCAUACUUCGCCAAGGUCGUACGCAACGUCAGUAAAAUGGGAAGGGCCUAUGCGCGCCUCAAGAAGAACAAGGAAUGGGGCAUCGACCCCGAGUUCGUGCAAAUCAGGCCUGCACUCGACCAAUGGUUGGCCGAACUUCCCGAAGAUCUGGCUGUCAGCUACCCGCCUGAUGGGUCGCCGCCUUGGCUCGCCUCGGCUUAUAUCGGAAAUCUUCACUCGUACUACUACCUGAGCAUAAUUUUGUUCCAUCGGCCUCAACUAGCGUUUCUGACGCCAGGCGGCGUAGGCGGCCAGUGGAAGCAUAACAUGCUGGUGUCCUAUAAUGCGGCUAAGAUGCUGUGCAGGCUCCAGGAGUCGGUUAUGGGUUCAUUUGGACUGCCCGGGUUGCAGUGCAUGCAGCGAGGCAUCAACUUCACGAUCUACGCGGUGCUUGCCUGCAUCGUGCUACAUUUGGUCGCCUUAACAUCGCCUGAUCCCGACCUGAACUCUGAAGCCCGAGGCUACUUUACCCGUCACAUGAGAAUCCUGGAGAAGUGUAUGGGUGCAUGGCCUAUGCCUGACAUGCAAAAGCAGGUGGAUUCAGUCCGCCUGGCCUUUUCCGCGGAUGUCAGAAAGCCAUUUGUUUUGAAACCGAGCUUCCCUUAUGGCAGCCCGCCGUCAUCUACACAUCCGAGCCCGCCUGGGCCGUCAUACCGGACAGGUACUAUGGGCCGACAAGUAGACACACAAAUGCCGCCAUCGCAUGUCAGUUAUAGCGGUCAUCCCAUUUCACCGCCAAUUUCUGCGGGUCCACUGGAUUCGAAAAGUGACUCGCCUCGUGUACAGUCCUUGGCCAUGAUAGCCUCAAACCACAGUUCCCAGCCGCAGCAGCUGCAACAGACGCUGCCUCUGGCGGACGCCCCUGCGUGGAACCCCUCGCGAAUAUUUGAUCAGUGGAAUACUUCUUUUGGUACGCCCCCGCCCCAAUCUUCCCCGACUUCGGUCACCGGCCAGGGCAGUUCUCUAAGUGCGGUCUCUUCAGGCGCUGUCGAGGCCCCGACGCUCCAGGACAUCCAAGCGGCCCAGGCCCAGUUACGGUCCGGAUCUCAGCAACUUCCGCCGCAGCAGUUCUCAGCAGCACAAGUGCAAACAUUUAUUACCCCUGCCAUGUGGCGAGAGUCGGUGGCCAGUGUUUACGAAGGCGGCCUCAAGCGUUCGUGGGACUACGACACUCAUGCGCCUGUGAAACGUCACUGA